UCUGCCUGGACAAUGCGUUCAUUCAUAUUACAGAGAGGCGCGAAAGCCACCAGUUGUGAAAUAGCUCGUAAGCUAGAGAUUUUUCGGUUAACAGUUAGGCAGACUGUGCUUUGUUUUCUUCAUCUUCUGUUAGAGUGUUAAUUCUAAUGAGUUGAUAACUGGAUACGAGAUACUUAAGAGUGUGAAUUUUACUAAAAUGUUAGACUAAACAACUUUAUUCAGAAUGAAGAAAUUCGAAGUUACUAUUACAAGUGAUCGGCCAUCUACUCUACUACUUGAACUACCAUCAUUGGACGCGCAGGUUGUAGUGCGAUUUCAGAAUGGGAACUGUGAAGAAAAGGACAGAAACGUGUUAACGGCUGAGUUGAGAGUCGGUGAGCACCAAAUAAUUAGUGCCACUACGGAAGAAGAAAAGGAGUCUUCUGCGUCUUUAAGCACGAAGGGCCGAAAUAACCAAUUUACGGAUAGUUUCGCAGUAGACGUCCAUCGACCCACUGAAACUUCGACUUACGCUUCUGAGAACAACAAUUGCGUCUCGCAUGCUGUUACCCUGGAGAGCCCUAAAAAAGUGGAAGCAUCACAAUGUGAAGAUGACAUUCAACUCAAUGCCGCUAUUCCCGGUUUAUACGGGAGUUCAUCUCCUGAAAUCAUUAUCGCUACAGAGCCCCAGAAUCAGAAUUCAUUCUGGGUUGCGGUGCCAGCCACUCAGCAAGACGGGUCGAUUCUAAAACCAGCAGCGACAGGGAGCGCUAGCGAUGAGGAGAUCAUUGAUACCACAGAUGAUGAAGCCUUUGCGGCAGAGGAAGCGGAUAAUCUGACCAGUGCUAGUGGUAUGAAAGAAAAAUCCUACGCAGUUCUGGAGCCGAUCUCCAUGGCAGAAACGCCGCAUGAAGAAGACACGUCUGUUGUUGUUGAAAUGACGGCUGACAUCGGCGAGCAAUCGAAGACACGCAACUUGUCUCAAAGACGACUCUCACAAAGGCCACUACCAUCCUCUUUGCAGGCGGUACGCGUUGAACCCAGCGACAGUGAAGAAUCAGGCAGUGACGACUCCUUCGUUGGUAGAGGUUCGACAAGCAGUCAUCGCAAAGCAAAGGUUGGAGCCGCCAAGAAGUUUGUUAAGAAGCGGCUUGUCUAUUUUAGCUCGGAGGACUCAAAUGUCAGUGAUGAAGAAGAGAAAAAGCCCGAAAAAAAAACCCUAGGCAAAAGGGAAUUGCCAGAUCUCAACAGUCAGCUCGCGGUAGAGUCAAAUGAGCAGCGUAAUUCCUCCGCGGUACCUAAAACAAUUUCAAUGCUUGAGGUAAAACCCCAAGAAAAUCUUCAGGAAGAGGAGUUGUCUCGUCAAGAACAUUCUACCGUUCCUGAGACAGGUGUCCUCGCAACAACAAAAAGCGUACAGCUAAAGAUACCGAUCGCUUCGGCCGAUGAUUCACAUGAAGUAUUAUCACCCGAAAUAGAUGGCAUUGUCGAAGCCACAGAGCGAGAGCCAACAGUAGUUCCAGAGAAGGUCGCGGGAAACAGCAAUGAUUCGUCUGCUCUGCAACAUGACAGCGUUUUGGUUAAUAAAGAUGGCGAAGUUACCGAGAUCACACAGAGCGAUUUGUCUCCGCAUAGAAAACUUUGUCGGACACAGUUAGCCGAUGAUUCACAGGUUGGUACUUGGAUUCGAGAAACUUCAGGUGGUGACGAAAAGGAGGUUGAAGUUCCAAGCACAGAGGAACAGAGGGUGGCGGAUUUGGACGGGAAUUCUCAUCAAAAUUUUGAUGGAAAAAAUGAAAAAUCCCUGCAGGAGAAAGAAAACGAUGCAACCAGCAAACGCUCAUCACCUUCACAGAAGAAGGAAGAUUCGGCAUUAAAGGCUGCGGUGUUCAACAGAGGAUCGAGACUCUCUGUUGAUACGCAGGAAUCGUUGAAGUUGACAAUACUUAGUGAGUCGUUAAACAAAGAUAACGAUGAGCAGAUUGAGGAUGGUCCUAAAUGUGGUCCAAAUACAAGUUCAUCUAUCGGUGCAAAAGUUCCUAAUGAAAAUGUUCAGUCGAAUCUGUUCGAGUUACAAGCACCAGGCGUCAAUACUUGCGAUAAAGAUGUCGACGAAGCACCAUCUUCUGCCAGCGAAGAGGUAGACAUCAGUGCGGCGACAAUGUUGGAACGCCUUGAAAAGCUCAAGAACAGGAAAAGUGCAUGGGAACAGGCUAAAGAGGACCUACGGACUGAAGGACUCCUCAAUGACAGACGACCAGGUAAAGGUCGAAAGGAUAAGGGUCGGGCAAAAACGGGUAAUGACCAACGAAUGGUUUCUGUGGCAAAGUGGCUAGCCGAUAAUGAACCCGGUAUCGUCGAGGAAUACCGUGACUGCCUCACGACUCUCGUGGAAAUUAAUAACGACAGUGAGAACGAUGCCAAAAGAAAGUUAAAGCAUUCAACGAGCACCUCCAAAAUGGUUACCGAAACUGCAACCCGUAACAAUGAUACCCCGAUACCGACAAGCUGGAGUCGCUGUUCAUCGCCGGAAGUGGAAACCGUUUCUCAAAUAGAGCAAGUCACUCCUAUCACGGAACCUGAAACGCCAGUUGGGUCUCGUAAAAGAACCUCGUCCGAAAGUAACGGCGCUCCAGUCGCAAAGAAAAAGCGCGGGAGACCUCAGAAGGGCGCUAACAUAUCUGAUCCACUUAGCGAAAGUAACUCCCCCACUGUUGGCGAGGCGGUAGGGUCAAAAGAUAUCAGAACUAAGGUCGCUGAGAGAGCAACAAGAAAGUCCACUAGAAACGUUUCCACUGGAGCAUUCUCUAAAAAAAUGCCUGCAGAAAACGCUAUGAAGCAGAAGGCCACCGGCGUAGAAAAAAAUGGUGCAUUUCCAUUGCAGACAAGUAGUGCUGCUGUGACAGAUAUGCGCGUACCGGGACCUGUAUUAGUGAGUUCCCCCCAGAAGACUCCUAUCGUGUCAACAGUUAUUGCAUCUGCCACUGUGGUCCUUGUUUCCGAUACUGCACCACUGGAGCAGGUUACCGUAGGUUUGAUUACUGGAUCAUCCGUUGAAGAAACUCCUGUAGAUACGAAAUUUACGCCAUCAGAGUAUUCAACUAAUGUAUCUACGGUAGCAGGAACACUUUCAAGUAAUUUAACAACUACGAAAGACGCUAACAUGGUAGUCGAGACAUCGACUCCGGCAGCAGAAACAUCUGCUCAGCCUGCGAGUUCUGCUGCAGCAAACGAUAAGCAUAGACAUAGCAACCGCCAAAAAUCGUUAUACCAUAGUCAAGAACUGAAUAGCCAAAGUCCUUUCGAAAGUAUUCUUGAUCCAAGCCAGAAUCGAUAUGCACUUGGUGAAACGGCUCGCGAAGUUGCAAAUGUUAGUCGUACACCUAAAAGAAUCCCAAAGGAUGUUCGACGGGUGUUUCCACCUACUGCUAAAACACCCAGAUCAUCGAAAUCUGUAAUGACAGAACAACAUCAGGAUACGGCGAAAACUGGCUCCACAAGUACAAGUGCGUCUGAGCCAGACAACAUAAACACUAACGCUUCACCCACGACGCCUAAAUAUAUGACAGCUCGACCUUCCAUGGAACUUAUUUAUUCUUCGGAUGAUGAUGUUAUAACCGUUGCGUCUGCACGACGUUCGCCCAUGAUUACACGGCACUCGACUUCGACGCGUAAGUCUAGAAGGGAAGGCAAAGCGCUGACUGCGGCUGUGGUUACAAAACCGAUCGAUUCGACUCCCGAAAAAGAAGUUUUUGUCCCCGAAACGAUUGAGGACGGACCGCAGGACCCAGUCGAAGGUUCAGAAAACGAACAGGAAAAUGCUGUAUUGAAAGAGGCCAUUGUUGUACUAGAAAGCAGCGCUGUUGGCGUGAUUGAAGAGACCCCCCAGGGCGCUCCUAGUACGCAAAACACGACGAGAUCUAGACGAGCAGCUCGCGUCAGAUCGGAAGCACGUUUAAAGCGCGUGACGAAAAGCUUAUCAAGCUCGAAGCAGGACCCAACCCUGAGUCAAAGCGAUCCCUACGCAAGAGACACCAUAGAUAUGCGCACGCCAACAAGUGGAUGUGAGGGAAGUCCACCUGUUCCAAAAGCACAAGGCACUCGUGCACGUACAAGGACAAGCAAACAGGAUCUCGCUUCUGGACAUACCUCUACAACUGCCAACUUGACGAUGGGUCUAUUCAGCGAAGAAAUCAGUCCUCUACAGGAAACAGAGGAAAAUACCGAUGCUGCAAACACAGGCCAAAAUACAUUUAAACAACCCAAUCCGCCUCCGCAAAAAACGAAAGCGACGGAGAGAAAUCGUUUAUCUGAGGGGCAACCUGUCAUUCCGAUACGUGGUCGCUCUUCGGAAGCCAAGGGAAAACGGGCGCGUUUAUCCGAGGAUUCCAGCUCAUUAUUGUCCAAGAGGAGCCGCUCUACACCUGAAUUGCCAGAUCCUGAAUUAGAGAUGUCUAUAGCGGGAAGUACUACAAGCUCUGGGAGCACCUUGAGUGUUAAUAGAACCGCGAAACUCAGGGUAAUGUUCACUGGUAUCGAUAACGCGCCAAAGGAUAAACUAAGUGAACUCUCAGUAAAGACCACUGACAUUCCUAGUCAGUGUGGGCUUGUAGUGGCCGCAAAAUUUACUCGAACCGUAAAAAUGAUGUAUGCCGUUGCCAAAGGCGUUCCUGUCGUAAACCUGAACUGGGUGACUGAGUCUUACAAAGCAAAAAAACUUCUUGAUAUUUCACAGUUCAUGUUAGUUGAUAAGGCCGCUGAAAUGAGAUAUUCUUUCAAUUUGGUCGCUACCCUUCGGGUUGCGGCAGAGGAAAAGAUCUUCGACGGAUGGACGUUUUUCGUUACGAAAAGUUGUGUUCCUAAUCCCGAGCAAAUCAAGGAAAUGGUUUCAGGCUGCAAUGCGAAGGUGGUGAACAAAAAACCAACUAAGGCUGCUGAGCGCACUGCUAUCGUAACUUGUUCCAGCGAUAUAGCUUCCCUUGGUAAGAAAAAUGCAGUUCCGGUGGUCGGAGUAGAAUUCGUGUUAAAUGGAAUUCUUCAGCACCGAAUAGACUUUAAAAAAUACUCUGUUACUAAGUAAAUGCAUUCAUUCGCGCAUAGAGUGUUUUAGGAUUUGCACGACCGUAGCCGUCUGGCGGUAACGGGAAACAAUUAAACAAGUGUUGAAUUGACGCAUUUCGCGGUUUGUUUUGUUAAAACGGCUAUUUCGGUCAGCUGAAAUAACCUUGUAGCCAGUUUUGGGUUUAGUAACUACCCUGAACUAUAGAUAGAGCACAGUCCAGAGAUCGACUGACGAAAACACUGAUUUGUUUUCUCAUGUCACAUGCGUAAAGACUGUCUUGCAUUGAAAUUCUUCUCCUAAAUAUUCCUUCGAGGCUAAGAGAGGCUAAAACCUAGAAUACUCACAUUUACUAGCUCGUGCACUUUUCCUGCUUAAUUUCUGAGAUAAUUCAAUGAAAAUUUACAGCCUACGCUCACGCUUAAAAUUAAAAAAAAAAAAAAAGCAUAGCUAGUUUAUAACUUUCGUUACUCAAACAAUAUUUUUUAUAAUACCCAGUAAUCACGGAUGUACUGUGUCUACUCUAACUUUGAGCAAUUACCUGUGCCGCUUGAAGAUAGUGGACCUGCGGUUGCAAUUGAAGUGGCUUUUUAUCAAAUGUACUUUUAGUUGAAUCACACAGAUUGAUAUAAUAAACUAGCCAUUCAGCUUAGCUGUAAGAUGAAACAAACAUGGACAGAUAGUAAGAAUACAGUUGUGCUCUACAAAACUACUACUUAACG